CAUGACAAAGGGGCUUCCAGGGAGGUGUCGGUGUCGGGGAGGCGUGAACAUGGGCAUCUGAAUCAUGGGGUUGCUCAAAAACAGCAUAAGCCCCCUGUUCCUUCAAUGCCAGUGAAGAAAGCGAAUGGACCUCCAGGGAGAGUGGAGACAGAGGAAGAGAGGAGAUUGAGAAAGAAGAGGGAGUUUGAGAAGCAAAGGCAAGAAGAGAAGCAUAGGCAGCAGCUGAAGGAUUCCCAAAAUUCAGUUUUGCAAAAGACACAGAUGUUGUCUUCUGGGAAAGGACAUGGGUCGAUUGCAGGGUCGCGAAUGGGGGAAAGGAGGGCUACUCCAUUCUUGAGCAGCGAAAGGACUGAAAAUAGGCUGAAGAAGCCAACCACAUUUGUAUGCAAGUUGAAAUUUCGGAAUGAACUUCCAGAUCCAAGUGCACAACCAAAGCUCAUGUCUUUGAAGAAAGACAAAGAUCAAUAUACAAAAUACACAAUAACAUCGUUGGAGAAAACAUACAAGCCCAAGCUUUUUGUUGAGCCAGAUCUUGGGAUACCUCUUGACCUGCUUGACCUCAGUGUAUACAAUCCUCCAAGUGUUAGACCACCCCUUGCUUUGGAAGAUGAGGAAUUAUUGCGGGAUGACGUAGCAGCAACCCCUGUGAAAAAUAAUGGCAUCAGAAGAAAAGAGCGGCCUACUGAUAAAGGGGUUGCAUGGCUUGUUAAAACACAAUAUAUAUCUCCUCUUAGCAUGGACUCUGCGAGACAGUCUUUAACUGAAAAACAAGCAAAAGAACUGCGGGAAAUGAAGGGAGGUCGCAACAUUUUGAACAACCUUAAUGACAGGGAAAGACAAAUCAAGGAAAUUGAGGCAUCAUUUGAGGCCUGCAAGUCACGCCCUGUUCAUGCAACCAAUAAGAAUUUAUACCCUGUUGAGGUUCUACCUCUGUUGCCCGAUUUUGAGCGGUAUGAAGACCAAUUUGUCCUUGCAGCAUUUGAUGGUGCUCCUACUGCUGAUUCAGAAAUCUACAGCAAAUUGGACCAGUCCGGUCAUGACGCUUAUGAAUCAAGAGCCAUUAUGAAAAGUUAUAAGGUAACAGGCGCAGAUCCAGCUAAUCCGGAGAAAUUUUUGGCUUACAUGGUCCCUUCUCCAAAUGAGCUAUCAAAAGAUCCGUAUGAUGAAUCUGAAGAUGUUUCUUAUUCUUGGGUUCGCGAGUAUCAUUACGAUGUAAGAGGUGAUGAUGUGCAUGAUCCCACAACAUACCUUGUUUCAUUUGAUGAAGAAGAAGCACGCUAUGCGCCCCUUCCCACAAAGCUUAUCUUAAGAAAAAAGAGGUCCAAAGAGGGAAAAACUAGCGAUGAGGUUGAGCAUUUUCCUGCACCUUCAAGAGUGACCGUCAGGCAAAGAUCAACUGUUGCCGCAAUUGAACUAAAGGAUUCAGGGGAUUAUUCAAGGGGAUCUGUGUCAAAUUUGAAAACAAGACGCUUUGAUGUUGAGGAUACCCUUGAAAGACCACGGAAGAUUGCACGACAUCAAGAUAUUGAUGAAUAUAGUGGUGCUGAAGAUGAUUUAUCUGAUUAAUUUAUCUGUUGAUGUAAAUGUCGCUGACUGUCAUGAAGGCUUGUAGACUCGUGUCAACUAAUUUGGGAUUAUUCACAAACUGCAAUCGGAUGCUGCUUUGAUGUAAAGGAGUGUGAACUAAUUUGGCCGCUUCUUGUUGGGAUGUCCAUUCGAACCUCAAAUAUCUACCUGUAUCUUUAGCCAGAAAACAUUUUUCCUUAGAUACCAUAUAAGGGUAAGAUGAAAUAGAAACCCUGUAAAGAAGUUAGACAUGUUAGAAUGUCUAAAAUAACAGCAAUAGUUUUCUACUUGCAACGUCAGUUUGUGAAUAUUGAUUUUGUUAUGAAUAUAUUCCAUUCUUUACGGUUAGUUUUCUACCGCCC